UUAGUAAAACAGAUGUAGCUGCUGGGCUACUUUUGACAAUAAUGCCUUCUGCCUGUUACUUUUCGGAAAUGAACUUGAAAGUUGAGAUCACUUUCCGUCUCACUAUUUCCCAAUUUGGAGCUCUUUGUUAUGUAAUCUUCCUGUGUUGGAAGUUCCUCAAAAGGCUUGUGAAAUUCUGUUAAAAUAACUAGAAGCAGUUUGGGAGGAAGAACUCAGCUGGAAAGUUAAAACUGAGUAAUCUCUGACCCUUUGCUGCUACUGAACACAACGGGACAGUUACUAAGAGAACGUGUUAUGUGUGGAAAGGAGCAGAAGGAGAUCUGUGGCAGAUCUGUGGCAGAAACGAGUCUCAACUUCCAGAGCAGUUGGGUUUGCAUCAUGCUCAGAACUCAGGCCUUUGUGUUCUCCCUUCUCCUGGGACUGGAACUCCCCAAAGCAAAAGCCAACUGUAACUUUACAGAGUCCCAACGUCACUGUGUUUGUUCACUAGAGGCAAAUAACUUCAUUCAGUGCCUUCCAGCCACCACAUAUGAGCUUCGAGGAGGAAAUCUGGAACAAUUUGCAGGUUCUUCUGGAAUCAAGCCAAACCCACAGAUAAUUGAAAUUCUGGAGGCCCUGCUAGUUCGCAAGCUCAUAUUUACAGACCUCAUUGUGCCAGAGGUUCUUGUGCCAGGGUCCCUGCAAUUUCUUUCCUACACUCAGGUCUCAGAACUUGAAUUUGUAAACUGUACUUUCCUUAGAGCCACUCACUGGAGCCUCCAAGGUUGGUGGGACCUGAAGGUUUCUUCCUUGCGCUUUCACAAAGUGACGGCUGCCCCCCUGGAUGACAGACUGAACAUGUCCCGCCUGAGAAGGUGGCUGGAGACCCUGCAGAAUCUGACAGUUACAGAGUCACAAGUCACAUCUGUCCCGUGCGAAAUUAGCAAGAUGUUCACAUCGUUGCAUUUACUGGAUGUUUCGGGAAACAGUUUCCAGGACCAAACCAUGAAGUCAACAUUCUGCGAAGGGGUUUUUCCGCAACUCCAAAUCUUAAAACUCCACCACAACAAUCUGACCUCUUUUGAGACUGUGUGCAAGACUCUUGGCCAUCUCAAGAUGCUCACUCACUUAGACCUAAGUCAGAAUAACUUUCAGCCCCGAGUCUUUUCCUCCUCCUGCAGGUGGCCACAUUCACUUCAAAUUUUUAAUUUGUCCAGUACAGGGUUAGAGCAAAUAGGCAGUUCUCUGCCACCCAACAUUGAGAUAUUAGACCUGAGUGCCAAUAACAUUUUUACCCUUGACUUCUCACUCCCUGCCUUGAAAGAGCUCUACCUGUCCAAAAACAGGCUGCAAACUGUUCCCUCACUUGACAGGCUCCCUAGUUUGCAGGUCCUCAGUCUUGAUCAAAACCAGAUCUCACAGCUUCCCAGCAACCAUCUCCUGCGUCUGCAGAGCUUGAAAGCUGGCCACAAUCUCUACAAUUGUUCUUGUUCCAGGGAUAUCCAGGACUUAGCAGCAAAACCAUCAUUACUGCCUGAUUGGCCUCAGGAUUAUACAUGCCAUUCCCCUCUCAAUUACCAGGGCUCCCUGGUAAAAAAUGCACAUUUUUCAUCACUGCAGUGCAAGGCUCUGGUCACUCGUGGCUCAAUAUUCAACUUGCUGAUAUGCCUUCACCUUGUUUUUCUGUUUGCUUUCAGUGCUACAAUUUCUGGACAUUUUCUUUCAGCAAUUCUGAACUGUUGGGAAUCGUCAGGGAGCUAACAAGCAGAUCACAAUUGAUUGUGGCAUAAAUUAAGUGUAAGCUACUCGACUGGGCUAGAUUGAAUUGUAUUUGUACAUUUUGUACUGUAUUUUAUGAUACUAUUUUAUGACACUGCCUGUGUGGUGUAGUGGUCAGACGUGGGAGACCUGGUUACAAAUCCCCACUCUCAAUGAAGUGAGCUUGGGCCAGUCAUUAUCACUCAGCCUAGCCCACCUCACAGGGUUGUUGCAGGGGAUUAAAUGAGGUGGGGGAGAACCAUGAGCUUAUUGGAGGAAAAGCUAGGAUAUAAAUGCAAUAAAAAUGCCUGCAUAACAGGUGGUAUAUAAAAACCUCAAUAAAUAAACAAACUAGAAAAUUAGAAUUUGGGGUUGGGUAUUGAAUAUUACUGGGCAAAUGGUAUGAGUGAAGAAUUUGUAAAAAAAUAAAAUAAAGAGGGGGAGCAAGAGUAUGCUUCAGUUAGAAUAUUCCAUGUUGCUUUGACUGUAACUUUUCCCCUACCUGCUGAAACACAAAUGUUAUUUUUAUUAAAAAUUAACCACAGUCUUCCAACAUCUUUUUAAAAUAACCCCCUGUACUAAAAACUCAUAAAUAUUUACAAUUGUUAUAAAGCAACAACAAAAAGGUAGAGUGUACAUUUGAUCUCCAGCUGCUUACAGAUGCCAUUUUUAAGAGAGAGAGAUAUAUAAUGAUCCCAUACACUGCAUGCAUCCCACAGAGCCUGCUCUAAGAGGGGUCAUCCGUGGAUGUGGAAAACAGCGAGAGGCAAUUUCCAUGUGCUCCGCUCCUUCUCCAGUGCCUCUGUGAUCUGAAUCUCCCAUGGCUGCAUUUGCCAUGUUUAAAAACCAUAAGAGACCCAGCCACCUAUAUGUCCAGUUUGGUCUUCAGAAUCUUUUUCUCACCUGGGGGAGAGGGAGGUGUACAGGUACAGUCAGCCUACUAGAAAACUAAUAAAUCUAUUAUAAACAGUUUAGCAGGUUGUAUGACCCUAGGAAGAAACCUUGGAUGGGCCUUGGAUUAAUAUACUUUCCUUCCCAGUCCCUCCUUCCUUGGACUGUUGAAAAUAAGAUGUCAUUAUAAAAUUGUAUUAGCUAUCCCAUGUUAUCUUGAAAGGUAAUACUCUUUGUAGACUUGAGAAGCUAUAUCUAAUAAAAUGAAAAUUAUAAAAUAAA